AUUGCGUAACCUAGAGCACAGGUAGCCCAAGCUAGGUUUCUGUGGUGUCAUAUACACAUAUAUACCCACACACACACACACUUAGAUGACUCGACAUUGCAUCUUUGGUUUUGUGGUUUUGUUACACGAAUAUGUGGUGCUUACUCUAUUGUUGUUUAACUCAUAAGAAUCUCUUUUUUUUAUCAGACAUUAACGAAUGUAACAAAAAUAAUGGUAACUGUCAGCACACGUGCACCAACAAACCAGGAUCAUACGAAUGCGGAUGCCACAGAGGAUACGUGAAACACAAAAUCAUUGAUAAUAUGGAGAUAUGCAUAGAUCUUGACGAGUGUAAAUACCAAAAAGAUCCACCGGCUUGUAGAUGUGCAAAUAUCAAAGAAGCGGAAUGCAACGCGACCUGCAUCAAUGAAAUAGGAAGUUACAGGUGUACUUGUAACAAGGGCUACAGAUUAAUAGCUUCAACGAUUUGCGAAGAUAUUGAUGAAUGUAUUUCUCCAACCACAAAUAAUUGUAACCUAAAGUGUUUAAAUUUGCCUGGUUCUUAUUCAUGCCAUUGUCCCAGAGGGUUCCUACUCGGAAAAGAUGGUUCCACAUGCGAAGAUGAAAACGAAUGCAAGACAAAGAAGGGUUGUCAGCACAGGUGCAUAAACACCUUUGGAAGUUUCAGGUGUCGAUGUCGUAGAGGGUUCAGAAUACAUCCAAAUGGCCGUCAAUGUAUAGAUGUUGAUGAGUGCAAGGUUUUUAAACCAUGCGACAUGAAGUGCAUCAACUUGCAAGGAAGCUAUCGUUGCUCAUGUCCAAAUGGAUACAAAUUAAACAAUGAUAACUUUACUUGUUCAGAUAUCGAUGAAUGCCGCCCCGGGAACACCUCUCUUUCCGACUGUGAACAGUUGUGCAUAAAUACUCAAGGUUCAUUUAAGUGCUCGUGUAAACGUGGAUAUCGACUUCGACGGAACGAAAAAGCAUGUAAAGAUGUAGACGAAUGCCUGACUGGCACUCACAAAUGCGAUCAGAAAUGUCAAAAUAGUAUUGGAUCUUACGUUUGCUCUUGUGGGCCUGGCUACAAGCUGAAAGACAAGAAAAAGUGUCAAGCACUUCCAUGUGAGUCUAUUGAGGGUCCAUCUCGUGGUAGCAUGAAAUGUAAUGGCUUUUCCACUGGCUCAAUAUGUACGUUCCAGUGUGACCUCGAAUAUGACUUGGUUGGAUCCGAGGAAUCAACGUGUCUACCUUCAGGGAAGUGGAAUGGCACUAGAGCGACAUGCAAAGUUAAACAAUGUCCUAAGUUGGCUGCACCAGAAAAUGCCGAGGUUUUCUUGCCUUGUCACAACACAAUAAGAUCAAGAUGUUUGUUGAAAUGUGUGGAUGGAUUUCACAGCGCAGAAGGUGGUGUAGCGACAUGUCAGYUUGAGAGCUUCUCUGGUUUUGGGAAAUGGAAUUUAAAGAAUUUCCAUUGCAAAGAGCUGAAACUUUGCUCACCAAAUCCGUGCUUAAAUGGUGGGAAAUGUUCACUUCACAACAACAAUAAAUUUUAUUGUGACUGUGCAGACACUGGCUUUGAAGGUCCACGGUGUGAAACAGGUAUCAUAACAACGCCCACAUAUCAGAGACUAAAAAUAAACCAAGAGUCCAAAGUAUACCAUCUAAACGCACAACCAAAGAGUGAGCUUAGGGUAACCAUCASAUCGACCCAAGCAGUCUUGGUGAAACCACAAAGUGAGUUACGAAUUUCAAAACUGUCUCGACAGGUGGCAUUCACUCUUGUUUCCAGGAAACCAGGGUUGCACAUUAUUGCAUAUACUUUAGACGGCGAUGAUGCAAAGGUUUUUAAGGCUCCAGAGGAGAACACGAUCUUUGUUGGUCCCGAUAGUGUCAGCAAGGAUAACGUAUACAACCGCCUUCAGAUUUCGAAAGGGAAUCUACCAGAAGGUUGCCAUGAGUUGCCAAAAUUGUUCCAAUGCAAUGCACGUCUAACUUCAACUUUUCCUUGGGGUACUCCAAGUGCCACAUCAACUGAAGGUAUAGUUCACUUACGAACUAAGAGCUUGAACAUUCCCAUUUCCCUCUUCGGAGUGAGCUUGAAUGAACUUUCUUUUACAAGAGAACAGUUACUUAGCAAGAUCGAAGAAACCUCCCUUCAAGACGUACCAGCUAAAACUGACUUGUCCUUCAUAAGAGAUGGAAAGUGUCACUCCACUCCUAUGAAAAAAGAUUACUUGUUUGAUUUUAUUCAAAAUGAUGCCUUGCCAAGGUCCAUCUUUAGGUCUCUGUCAAGUGUUCUGCCACCGUGGAUUGAGUUGCAGCUUGAUCAAAGUAAUGACGUCUUUGAUGUUACCAACCUAAUGGUCAGUGUGGGUAAACCCAUGAGCGAUGGAUCAGGAAUGUGUGAACAGCUUCCAAUAUCUCCUUCAAGUGUUUUCUUCAAACCUAGCAUAGCAUUCAACACUAAAAUCGGCGAUGAGACAAAAGCAUUCAAAUCAGAAGAGCGUGUCUGCCUGGCCCUUGAUGUCUGUCAAAGCAAGUCGUUUAUAGAUCUCUCAUCUCAGGCCAGGAAAAGAUUUCAGCAAAUGAAAAUAUUCAAAGACAUGAAGAGAACAGGUUGGGAUUUUAAAGUUUCUAGCUUUGGAAUGCAGAAUAAUAGAUCUGAUGAUGCAGUUGGUAAAAAUAAUUUUGACAUUUGGAUGAAAGGCGAGAUAAAAGUACGCAUGACGGGUCCUCGAGUUGGUGUUCAACUUAACAGCACAGGAGAGAUUUUCACAACGUCGGACUGCCCAAAGAAGCUUCUUUCCAGACAGCUUACCUGUUCAAUAUCAGGCUCUGCUAAUGGAAGGAUAACGAUGCAAACCUCAAUAAAAACUGGCGAUUCUGAACUAAUUCCAUUGAAGUUGAAAUCGGAAAAUAUGGUUGGACAAUUCCUGCUUGGAGGAGAUAAGUGUGACCAAGGCAUCAACCUCACCUUGACAUCCUCAGAAAAUCCCGUAAAAGGAACCAUGUUAUCUCAAUUCAUUCUUCCAUAUCUAAAAUACCCAAUGAAUGUUACCAUCAACCACGACAUAGUAGGCGGAGGUGGACAAAGUGGUGUGCGAAUUCCAAGAAAUUUAGGCACCACAGUCAUACUCCUUGGAUUCAUAAUGCAGCAAUUCCAGUUCACUGCGCAAAGUAUUCCUAAUGUGGUGCCAGAUUUAAGCUCUGAUGCAAACAAAUUGCUAGACAUUGUCAAUGAUGUGAAUGCUCAAGCGACCAGAAUGAGGCAACUUGUCAUGUCAAGUAUAGACAAAACUUUAGUAAACCAAGAAGCUAAGAGUAUAAUAAACACGGUUGAAAUCUUGAACGAAAAGAUUGAGAGUAUCCUAACAAGGACAACCGCGCUUUCUCAGAAGCUUUUGUCGCAUACCUCAAAUCCAAUGGUAUCGGGGAUAAUAGCUCAACUUCAAGGUUUUCACACCAACGUGGAACUUUACGCAAAAUCACUGAAGCUUGAUACUGAACGAUCUCCGGUCAAACAAAUUCUUAAAGGGUUAUCCAUUGGUAUGAUGUCACAAGUCUGUAUAGGUAGGUUGUGUGUGCCAGAUGUAAAGGCAAAAAUACUCGCGAAUAACGAUGUAACCACGACUGCCUGCCUAAGGAAGAACACAAGUGCUGGAGCAACAGUAAAACAACGAACAUUUCCUUAUGUGUUUAUCUCACCAUCUAAAAACAUCGAGCUUGGGAGACUGCUACAGGUGAAGGAAGGUGAAGAGAUGAGAAUGGACGUUUUUAAGAAUCUAAUGCGCUUUAAAACCACAAUGCAUUUAUUUGGAAUGACAAAAACGGUCAACCUGAACAUUACAAACCAACAGCUCUAUGUUAAAGUGAGAGGGAAUAUUUUUAACAAGUUCGAAUCAGAGAUUAACGUAACUGCUGAUACUAAGGUCGACGACUGGGAGUCAUUGAUUUUCAAAGCAAGUGGAAAAAUGGGUCAAGGCUCUCAACUUCCAAGAAUGCUGGAAAACGCAGUCAACGAAUAUGCUAUCACAAUGGUUCGAAAAGCUGAAAAUAGAAUAAGAAAGGCGAAGACACUUUUAGAAAGUACCGUUAAUAAGACGAAAAAUACAGACGCGAUUUUAAUUUCCAAAAAAAAUGACUGGGAUCUCUCGAUUAAGAACAAAAAGAAUUUAGAAAACAUGCUUAAGAGAAAGAGGGCGGACUUUAAUGAAUAUUUUCAAAAAUUUGAAGAUGCUGUACAAGAUUAUGAUAAAUUCACAAAACGCCUGUUAAGCAAAAGUUGCAAUCUUACUGACUGUAAAAGAUUGUGCAGCAAAACUUGUAUWCCAGAUAUGUGCUGGGACAAAGCAAUCAUUCAAUAUCAAAAACAUGAUUGUGUGGAAGUGAAUGCAAAGUACAUCAAGUUUGUACCGGGAGAAGUUACUCGUAAAGUGACGUACCCAACGACACCCCAGAUAAGAAGAGAUGUUGGCAAGUGCAAGUCCUUUUUAACAGCUUUGGGUGAGGGACUCAUAAAGGGAGGUGCUAAACUGGCGUUUUCAUCCUUAUUGGGCAGAAGAAAAAAACGAAGCAUCACAAAUGGACAAGACUUUCAAAAUGUUCCUAAUUUUAAUGAACUUCUUAAAAAGUCUAACCCAAAUCUACCACGUGAUUUUGACAUCAACGGUGAACUUCGAAAAAUAUCUAGUAAGCUCCCAAAAGACUUUGAUUUAAAUAAGCUUUUGGCUUCCUACUUUAUAAAGCAACAUAAAUUCGAUCCGAGUGAAAUUUUGAAGAGGUAUUUCCCAGCACUUCCUGCAGAUUUUGAUUUUGAUGAAGAAGUAAUAAAAGCUGUGCCUGAACUUAGAAACAAUUUUGACUUCGACCAAGUAAUGAAAGAUGUUAUAUUCAAAGCCCAAAGACUCAAAAGGAAGGUCGAUUUGAAAAGGGAGCUGGUGAAAAGGAUACCGGAACUGAGAAAUAUCGAUCUUGAUAGAGUGCUAAAAGAGUCCUUACCUCCACUUAAAUCUUUGAAGAAUAUCACAGGACAUAUACAGACUUCUUUGGAUGAUGUUUUGUCUUUUAAGGUAAAGAAAACAUUGCUUGAAAGGUUUGAUGUCAACGAUAUCAUAAAGACUAAACUUCGAGGUCUGCAUAGGGAUGUGGACUUAAAUAAGCUACUAAAAAAAAGAAUACCACAACUUGGUAAAAACUUUAAUUUGAAUAGACUGAUUAUUAAUGCUGUAAAACGUAACCCAGGAAACCUUGGUGAGCUUAACCUGAACAAACUGGUUCGAGGUGAUAUGGGAUCCAUACCUGGACUACAAAACUUCAAUCUACAGAACACUUUACAAGAUAUGGUGCCUGGAUUUGCAAAGGGCCUUAACUUCGAAAAAUUUAUUAAUAACAAGCUGCGAGACGUCGUAUCGGUUGAUAUUAACCCUCUCAAACUCGAAAAAUUAAAUUUCAAUAACAUAAUAAAUAAACAAUUGCCAAUUAUCAAGGACCUUGGCGUUAACAAGAUUUUCAAAAGUGCUUUUCCGACACUUGGAGAGAUGCCAAGCGUUGGAAAGAUUCUUAGUGAAGCAGGCUCACUGAUGAACAUGGUUGAAGAUUUUAACGUAAAUGGUAUCGUAAAGGGAGCAUUUAAACAUCUCCCCGUAAACUUAAACCUCAAUAUAGGAGAUGCACUAAGAAGGAACAUACCCGCUUUGAGGGGAGUGCUCAAUAUUGAAGGAAUUUUGAAUAAAGGUUUGAAACAGUUUAUCAACCCCAAUAUUGGAAAUAUCCUAAAGAACGUUCCAGGCUUGCCAAAUCUACCGGGCUUACAAAAUCUACCAGGCAUGCUGAACCUACCGGACUUGCCCAAUUUGGAAAUAAGAGAACUAUUUAAAAACUUAAAAGCAGCAUUCAGUGAAGACAUUUUUGCAAACAUUGGCGACGCUUUCCAGAACUUUGGUCAGAAUCUGAUGAAAAAUUUUGCUGGAUCGUUUGGCAACAUAGUAGGCGACUCAUUUAUGUCGGCUUUCCAAAAUUCUGGAUGUAAACAUAAGUACGUAACUGAAGCUGGACCAACCGAGUACCGAAGUUACCAGGAAACAAGAGCAAUAAUGGUGGGAAAACAGUUUUCAGAAAUCAAAUGGAAGUGUACCAAUCCGAGAACAGUCAACAUGACGUCGGAAGGGUUUAAGCCUAGGUCUUGCUGUAGAAAAGACAUCAAGUGUGUUGAAUUUUUAGAUCCACAAUGUGUUAAAAGAAACCAAGAAUGCUUCAAAGAAAAGAAAAACAUAUUUAAACAAGAACAAUCAUUUUAUAAUGCGUCGAUUUUAUUUGAAUAUCCCCAUCUGAUAGAAUCGGAAAAGGAAUUGGCUCACAUAGAAUUACGGCUUGAGGAAGCAAGAUUACGAGAACAAAAUGCUGCACAUGAUUAUAGAAUCGUCAGUGCUCGGCUUCGGCAACUUCAAGCUUUGGAGAACGCCAGCAUGAUUUCCUUGUCUAAGAUGAAGAGCAUUCCUGAUGUUGACUUAGGUCUUAAGAUCGGGACUAUUUUAAACAAGUCUUAUAAGGAGCGACCAUUUCGAAUGUUAUCGCUAUACUUCCAUACAAAAACAUCAUCGCUGUCAAAGUCGCGCCUUCCUUUAAAAGGAACAGUAACAACUAAARAUGGACCUGACUURACAUUCAASKUUAUCAUGGAUUUURAGGAUGUUARKUUAUCAAUAGAACAMRCUACRAAAUCAGUCAUUMAAAAACUUGCACAAUCCAUCGAAACAUCAAGAAAAAGAAGAUCCGUAGAAAUAGACUUUUCAAACUCAAGCCAAAAGUCAGAUCCUAUAAAAGAAAAUGAAAAUUGUUUACUGGCUAGAAACACAAGUUUGUUCUUCUCUGAGAUGCUUAGUGCUCUUCAUAAACUUUUAGAGUCUAAAUUUGCACAAGAUAAUGAGAUAUCAAAUGAAAUUACUGCCAUAGACAACCUGGAAGUAACCCUUGCUGAUGAUGCUGCACGAUCGUCUGAAAACGAUUUGUCAAAAAGCUAUGUUAAGACUAUCUCAUCUUAUAAAGAACAACGAAAAGAGCAAUCAAGAAUGGCCUCUUGGAAUGAGACUAUUGUUGGAUGGAGGAACUUUGUCGAAAACAUCUCCAAAACAAGAGAUCUAAAGGACUGCUCAAAUGCCCUCGACUGUGUUAAAGAACAGAGUGAACGUCUCGUAGAACUGUACAAAUCUGUAAAAAAUAGCACAAAAGCAAGAGAAAUGCAGACUUUGUUACCAAGAUUAGCUGAUGGAAUGAAAGAACUAAUGGAAGAAGAACUAGAGAUGGAAGAGGUUAGAUCGAGACUUCAGAACCUAACUAUGCUGUUAAACGAAACAUACGAUGACAGUCUUCUCUGUGGCGAGAAGCCAGUUAUAUUGACAAAAGACAGCAAACAAGUAAACCGACUCGUUGGUGAGAGUAUCAAGCUUUCGUGUCUCGCAAAAAGCCAGACAAAAGUAAUUUACACAUGGAGAAGGGAUAACACAGUCAUAAAGGUUUCUGACAAAAGUGGCGAUCUUGAAUUACGAUUACUGAAUGAAACCAGUCAAGGAUUGUACAGAUGUGAAGCUGCAAAUCACAAGGGAAGUAUCUUCUCAGGAAUAACUGCGCUAGUCAUACAAAAAAAGCCAACAAUUGUCGAGCAUCCAACAAAUGUACAAGUUCCUUUGAACAAGCAGUCAGGGGUUACAUUCUCAUGUGCUGUUAAUGCAAAACCGUUGGCGACUAUAAAAUGGCUUUUUGAACCAUUGUCAUCGAAUUUAUCAGUGGAGCUGACCAACGAGAAUAGUAAUCUGUUGUACGUAGUUCCAGACGAAGUCGAGAAAAGUGGUCACUAUUAUUGCGAGGCAAGUAAUGAGAGAGGUAAAGCUGUGAGCAGAAAAGCAAGGCUCGAUGUGUUAAACAUUGCAGCAACAAAUCCAAAGAUAGCUGUUAUCUUCAAUGCUACAAAUAAAUGUCAAGUUUCGUCAAGUUGUCAAGGUGAAAAUACUCUAGGUAUUCCCUCUCGCUUGGACAAGACUUUAAAGACGAGUAUUACGAGCUUAGUGACUACAGCAAUGAAUGUAUCUAGAAAGAGCAUCUCUAAUAUGAGAUACAUCCCUUUAUCGAAAUCCAUGGCAAAAGUAUACUUCUUCCUUAGUGAAAGUGUCAAGCUCGAAGCCAUAGAUUUCCGGCUUCAGGAAGAAGUCAUGGAGAGAUUUUCAGAGGCGCGUCUUAAUGUUGUUGGGAAAUUAAAACAAUUGAUGCACGCUAUGAACAGAACAACGUUUGUAUCACAAGGAUCAAAGGCAAACCUCACUGGUAUUGCCAAAUCUCUUGGAUUUCUCUACAUGGCACCUGACUGCCCAUCUGGUCAGUACUUGCAUGACAAUGGAUAUAUGUGUGUACAAUGUCCACCUGGUUCAUAUAAAGACGGCAUAGAAGAAACAUGCACUAAAUGUCCCAUUGGAACAUACCAGCCCAAACCAGGUCAAGUCACCUGUCUUAAAUGUGAUCAAGAUAAGACAACCUUGCAGAGAAGCACCAUUGAAAAAUCACAAUGCAUCGAGAAAGAGCUGUGUCCUCCUGGAACAUUCGACCAAGUUCUUGAUGACAUAUGCCGUAAAUGUCCCAUUGGAACCUACCAGCCCCGACCAGGACAAACCAGUUGCAUUAAGUGUGGUCCACUCAAGACUACCUUAUUGGAAGGCUCCAGCAAUCGAUCGCAGUGUAUUCAAAAAGAUGUAUGCCCUCCUGGGACGUUUUUAGAUGGAGGAUGCAUGAAAUGUCCCAUUGGCACCUAUCAGGAUCUACCAGGACAAACGAGAUGUGUCAAAUGUAGUCCUGAAAAGACGACCUGGUUUCAAGGCUCCAUUAAUGAAACGCAAUGCGUUAAGAAAGAAUGUCUACCAGGAACCUUUGAAGAAAAAGACGGCAACUGUACAAAGUGUCCACCAAAAACAUUCCAACCACAAGCUGGGCAGAAGCGAUGUAUUCCUUGUAUUUAUUCAUUGGGACCGCUUAAAGACGUGGAAGGGAGGAAAACAUGCGAGAAACCAGGUCCAGGCAAACCUCGUAGCCUUAUGGCAUUUUCACUUGGAUCAGACUCACUUAAAAUCGUAUGGUGGAAACCUGAGACUAGUGAAGUCAGCCAUUACGACCUUGAAUAUGGAUUUAUCAAAAAAACUCCUUUACAGACCAUUCGAGUUAUUCCUGGAAAAAAUUGGGCAAGUGGCGAGAUAUACAGGUUGAGAGGUCUUCUUAAGUACACUGCGUACAGGGUCAAGGUUUAUACUGUUGUGAAUAAUGAGCGUAGUAAGCCUGCUAUCAUUACUGUUCGUACUAUGGAUGAUGUUCCUGGAAGGUCUCCAACAAUUACAUCUGCUACUGCCAUCAAUGCAACAGCCAUCAAAGUAACGUGGCAACAACUACCCAUCAGUCAAAGAAAUGGUAUCAUCCUUGGUUAUGAAGUUUAUAUCAAGAUAAAGUCAGAUUCCUUCUUCAAAAAACAGAAUAUAGAUAGGGGAGACCAACUAUCAACCGUUUUGACCAACCUCAAAGAAGACACACUAUACUGUAUCAAAAUGACAGCCUUUACACGCAAGGGUGCCUAUCCACAUUGGCAGAGAAAAGGCUGUAAAUAUGCCAGGACACCAAUAAAAGUCUCAAAGAUAUUUGGUAAUGUUACUGCACAUGUUAUUGGCCAGAAUGUUGCAACCAUCACCUGGAAGAAUAAAGAUGGAGAUCUGAAAAGCCAAUUUGUCGUGUACUAUGGAAAACAAGAAAUGAAACUGGACCAAACAGCAACAUGUCAAGCUCAGCUAUGCACAAUCCUUAACCUUGAGGGUGGCACCACCUAUUAUGCACAAGUCCAUGCUGUUGGCCAAAGUGAUGUUUCUAAAGUUAUAUCUUUUUCAACAGCACUGACGUAAUCAUAAGUCAUGUUGCUAUUUGUACAUAAUUAUGCAUGGAUCCUGAACAAAACAUUUCAGCAUUAUUGAUAUAAGUAUAUGUAAUUUGCCAUAUUAUGAAUUGCAAUAGUUCCAAAGUAUAGAAAUGAAUGGAUGACCUAUAAUCGGGAGUUCAAACAUUAAUUCUGCAUUGUGUUGACAUUUUCUGAUACCUUUUAAUCAAAAAUAUAGCAUAU